CCACUGACCACAACACUGAUAACACAACAGCAAUCCUGAAAGAGUGGCUGAAGAAUGUGCAAAAACUCUACCAUUAUGUGGAGUGGAGGCCUAUGGAAGAGCCUGAGUCUUACCCUGAUGAAAUUGGGCCAAAACACUGGCCAAACUCCAGGUUUACCCAUGUGAUGAAGCUCAGGCAGGCUGCCCUGCGAACUGCAAGAGAAAAGUGGUCAGACUACAUCUUGUUUGUUGAUGCUGACAACUUACUCACUAACCCACAGACCCUGAACCUGAUGAUAGCAGAGAAUAAGACAGUGGUGGCACCAAUGUUGGAAUCUCGCGCUCUCUAUUCUAAUUUCUGGUGUGGCAUUACCCCUCAGGGCUAUUACAGGAGGGCACCAGAUUAUGCCUUGAUUAGGGAAUGGAAGAAGAGAGGCUGUUUUGCUGUCCCCAUGGUUCAUUCCACAUUCCUCAUUGACCUCAGGAAAGAGGCCUCGAAGAAGCUGAUGUUUUACCCACCACAUCAGGAUUACACCUGGAACUUCGAUGACAUCAUUGUUUUUGCCUUCUCCAGCCGCCAAGCAGAAAUUCAGAUGCACAUAUGCAACAGAGAACACUACGGUUUUCUCCCUGUGCCCCUGAGGUCACACCAGACACUGCAGGAGGACAUUGAAAACUUUAUUCAUGUGACAAUCGAGGCAAUGAUUGAUCGUCCUCCAAUUGAGCCCUCACAAUACAUCUCUGCUCCUCCAAAACACCCAGACAAGAUGGGAUUUGAUGAGAUUUUCAUGAUCAACCUGAAGCGUCGAACAGACAGGCGGGAUAGAAUGCUGCGAACCCUCCAUGAGCAGGAGAUUGCAGUCAAAAUCAUGGAAGCUGUGGAUGGAAAGGCAUUGAAUACGAGUCAGCUAAAAGCUCUGAAUAUUGACAUGCUACCUGGUUACCGGGACCCUUACUCUUCCAGGCCAUUAACCAGGGGUGAAAUUGGCUGCUUUCUUAGUCAUUACUAUAUCUGGAAGGAGGUGGUGAAGAGAGAGCUGGAGAAGACGCUCGUUAUUGAAGAUGAUGUGCGCUUUGAGCACCAGUUUAAGAGGAAGCUCAUGAAACUGAUGGAUGAUAUUGAACGAGCGCAGCUAGACUGGGAGCUCAUUCUCGUCUUCAGAACGAAGUACAUGGAGUAUUAUGAGUCCAGAGACUUGAAAGCCUUCUCGGCAGAGCCCUUGCUUAUUUAUCCAACCCAUUACACUGGGCAGCCGGGUUACCUCAGUGACACAGAAACCUCCACUAUCUGGGACAAUGAGACGGUAUCCACUGACUGGGACAGAACACAUUCUUGGAAAUCCCGGCAGCAGGGCAAGAUCCACAGUGAUGCCCAGAACAAAGAUGCCUUGCCACCACAAUCAUCUCUUGACACAUCAUCAUCAAGGGAUGAACUAUGACUCCCCAGCUUGCUGUGUGACUCUAACCACCGCUAACCCUGCCUCACACUUUAGGUUUCUCCUAGAAGCUUGUAGAGCUGUUAACAUGGUCUCCGUCUUUAAUGCAAAAGCAAAUUGAGUUGAGCCUGGUCUCUUCUUUCUGGGUUUGGAAUUGAACCAAAAUGUUCCAGGCUGGCAGAAGAACAGAGACUUCUAAAAAAGUGUAACACAAACUGCAGUCCAUUCUCACGUGGACUUGUAAUGUCGACACUUCCACAGAGCAAUGAGCUGGCUCCAUGGCAUGCUGCGUUUACAUGAAUAAUCACAAAAAUUCCUUGAAUGACGACUUUCUACAGUUCCUUGUGUAGAAUACUGUAUUUAUAAAGAUUAAUAUAUAGGG